AUGCUUCCCCCAGACACGGUAGAUGGCCAGAGAAUAUGGAACGAUUACAAGGGUGGCAAUCAUUGUGAACAUCAAGACCAAAACAGUCCCGAGACACUUCCUAAUUGUCCAUGUUGGUCCAAUUGGGUAUCCGACAGAGUUGCCCAUCUCGAACAGGAUCUAGAUCGAGUUAGGGGAGAGGCCAACUUUAACCCACCAGCAGAACUGUCGCAUUUGCGAGAAGAGCUGGAAUCAUCAAGGGCGAGAACAAGAUCAAGAAUUGCUCAAGAGACGCAAUAUCGUGAUGAAAGGGAUAGGCAUUUUAACCGACUAUUGGAUAUGCAACGACAAAUACAAACCUGCGCUGCUGAUCUCGAAGCUGCUCGGGCUCCAGUGGGACAUAAAGUAACGCUCAAUAAAAACAUCACGCUUGAAGAGUUGUUAAUCGUGGUGCGGCGAGAAUUAAUAUUUCGGGAAGAGAGAGAGCGAAGUGGUGUUCCUCGGGAAGAAGUUGAAGCUAUACGUUCAGACCUGUAUAAACUAUGGCAACUUGCUGAAGCUGCCGCUCGAGAAAUUGGUGUUCAUCUCGAAGAAAAGGAUCUUCUCACUAUUCAAGGAUAUAUUGUCGCAUCCGUGCAGAUGAUCAAAGCAUUGCAAAUGGAAAUUCAGCAGAAGGAUGUGAGUAGUGAUUACGUCAUGUUUUUGCAGCAACGAAACAGAGAGGGGGCGAGAGUGAUCAACGAGAUGGGGGAACAACUGAGAGGCGUGUGGCAAGGUAAUAUGCCUGGUGUUGGUGUUGUACCCGGCAAUCUCGCUACUGCGAUAGGAGCUGUCAACGUUGCGCCGCCUGUAGACUUUAAAUCGUUCAAAGAGCUUAUAUGGGGUAUAUAUCUUGGACUCUUCAAUUCUGAGCGAAACCUUACGAUAAUCAUAACGGAUCGUCAGAUGGAAGUACCAAUAUGGGAACCUGCACCUAUCCGUAUAGACUCUGAGAACAUAACUUAUUCUAACAAAUGGGAACUCUGUGCACAACUUGUUCGAAAUGAGAUUCGGAGAUUCUUGGAACGAGUAUGGCAACUUUACUUAUACAUUCGCGAGAAAAACGUGCCAGGGAGUCAAGAAUACUGGAAUGGGCCAUAUGAUGACGAUCACGGACGAGCAAUUCAUGUGCACGAAGCCAUGAAAGCCGUCGAAGGGCGAGGACUUAUGGCACAAAUUGAACUAAAACUUGUACGCCAAUAUAUCGAGCCCGCUACCGAUGCGGCAUACAAAACUGAUUUGGAGGAACGUAUUGAUCGACGAUAUCCAAUUUACCGGGACCUACAAGCCUCAAUCAACAAUCUCACCCAAAGAAUCACAAUGUUUCGACAAGUACCUCCUCCAUGGCCCGAACAGCACGAACGCGAUAAUACCGCCUUCUUGCCCAAAAAGAGCUUUGAUUUAUUAGCUUUGAUGCUUUCACGUAUUGAAAUGGAGUAUCUAAGCAUCCGAUUGAUCCAACUUAUCCAAACCACGAAUAAUUACUGGCACUUGAUUCCUCGAGAUGAUCCUGAUUUGGCUCGAUAUAUGUCCAAUGAGAUGAGUCGAGCGCAUGGAAUACAGGUAGCUUGUGAGGCCGAAUUAACACGACCAUCUGAAAUUGCGCCUCCACCUGCAUAUCCAGGAAAGACGCUACCCCCACGACCUGCGUACCAGCCUUAUGGAGAGCAGAUCAUCCCUAAGUCAACAUACGACAAUAAUAAUCAACAGCAAAACAAGAACGAUAAAAAAGGAAAAGGGGGGCCAGCCCUGGACAGCAAAAAGAUCAAGUAUGGUCCGAAAAUGGCGAGAAAUGCAAAAUCAAAUUUCGCAAAUGCUCCUAGUGAUGCCUCACCGGAUGAGAAAUUACAAUUGGAACUGAACAAACUGCAUGAAUAUAGGAAAAAGUUGGAGGGAGUAUGGACCAGCAACGGGGGAGAAAAGGUCAACAGUGUCAAAGGUUAUAAAACAUAA